AUGCAACUCAAUGCGCCUGCAGCUGAUAGCUGGGGCAGCAUAUACGAAGCUUAUACCUGCUACCGUGGUUGGCGGUUUGCAUCUAUUGCUAACGCCGGAGCAAGGAAGUCUGCCGUUGGUGCAGACAGUCCGAUCCAUCAUGUGGAAGUUCGUGUGGAGUCGUCCAGCCCCAUAGAUCCCGUGCAUCCUUAUCUCCAAUGGGAAGCUGGUGUACACCGUGUUCAGCGUGUACCACUUACAAGCAAACUAAACAAGAUCCACACCGGCACUGUCGCUGUUAUCAUCGCUCCAAGUUAUCGACGAGGUAGCCAACUUUUGGCUACAUCGCUUCGCUCGAUGCUUCCAUUAUCGGCUGGAAUUUGUUCACAUAUAGUCGGUACUGCUUCUAGUUAUAUAACAACGGUGGAAGUGGAGUUGGAUCCGGAGGACUUGGAGUGGGAGGUGUUCCGUGCUUCCGGUGCUGGGGGCCAACACGUGAACAAGACGGAGAGCGCAGUACGUGUGCGUCAUAGGCCCACGGGGCACGUCGCUGCCUGUCAAGCUGAUCGCUCUCAGCAUGCCAACCGGGGAAAAGCCCUUCAGUUACUCAGAGCCAAGCUUGCAAACGAAGUGGCUAGACGGCAGGUGGAGACUGAAAUGGUCGAAAAGCGUUCUCAAAUAGGCUCGCUGGCUCGAUCGGAUCGCAUUCGCACUUACAACUACCAACAAGACCGCAUCACCGACCAUCGUCUUGGACGCUCCUGGAGUGGGUUGGCCACUGUCAUGCGUCAGGGCCUUCCUGUGGUGAACGAAACUGCAUUCGCUCUUGAUAUAGCCUAUAAACUCGCUGCGCUUGCUUCCCUUGAUAAGCCGUACUUUUUUAUGCUGAUUUACUGUUAUUUGAUUCAUAAGCGCAUACUUUUCCCGGAUUGGUCAACUGCGCUGCACAGCACGCUUGACACGCACCAAUAG